AAUAGUGAAAAUGGUAAAAUUGUUGAAAAAAGUAUUGUGCUUAAGUCUACGCAUCGCUGGUUUAGUUAUCGGCGGACUAGAUGUCGUGGGAUCUGUUUUGCAGAGCUUUGCUUUGGGUCAUUUAACAUUAAAUUUAAAUAAUUUCGCUGAUGAUCUGAACGAAUUCUGGAUUCCAGAAAACGAGGAUAUCAAAGAAAAAAGGCGCGUGGCACUCUUAUGUUAUAUUUACUUUGCUAUCUACUCACUGUAUAUACAAAUUAAAACGAACAAUGAACGAACCGAACACUCGGAAGCAGUGUACACUGAAGUAGCUCCAAUCCAAUAAAUCGUUCAUUAUUUCUCAUCUUUUGUAGAGUCUAACUUUGGAAAAGAAACUUUUUGGGAAUUGUUACUACUAUACUGAAAUUUAAGCUUGUUGAAAUAUAUUUGGUGCAAAAAAUCAAAUGAAUAAUAAAGCAUCC